GGUUUUAAAAACUGAAUCUACUAUACAACAAAGUUCCUCUUCUUACAAUCCUCAACAAGGCUCUUCAACCAGUGCAGACUCAUUUAUUAAAAAAUAUAACAAUCCUUAUAUGAAUAUCAACGACAAUUCUACAUCUAACAACACAAAUCCUGCACAGCAACAACAACAAUAUACUAAUACUUCCGAUAUACAACAACAACAACCUUAUUUACAACAACCAGAACAAUAA